UAAUUUAUACAAUAAGUAGGUUGCCGAACGCACGCGGUACGGUUUUUAAUUGUGCAUUUAUUCUGUUGUGUUCAGGCUGUUUUUUGUGCGAUAAUCAACCCCAUUUUGCCGCCAUGACCACGCAAGUUGGAAAAUAUAAAUUGGGCAAGCUCAUCAUCGAGGGCAAAACCAAACAAGUGUAUGACAUCCCAUCUUCACCUGGCCACUGCAUCUUGCUGAGCAAAGACAGAAUAACCGCUGGAGAUGGUGUUAAAGCCCACAACUUGGCCGGUAAAGCCGUCGUCUCCAACAAAACCACCACCAAAGUGUUUGAAAUAUUAAAUUCAGUUGGUAUUAAGACCUCGUUCGUGGAGGUAGCCGCCGACAAUGCGUUCGUGUCGAAGAAGUGCGAAAUGAUCCCGAUCGAGUGGGUGACGCGCAGGUUGGCCACUGGUUCGUUCCUAAAGCGACAUCCCGGCGUCGAGGAGGGUUAUCGCUUCUAUCCACCGAAGCACGAAACAUUCUUCAAGGAUGACGCAAACCACGACCCCCAAUGGUCAGAGGAACAAAUUAUCUCCGCUAAGUUCAGGGUUAAUGGUCUAUUGAUUGGACCAACUGAAGUGGACAUAAUGACAAGGACUUCAAUUCUUGUGUUUGAAGUAUUAGAAAAAGUAUGGGCUACAAGGAACUGUGCACUGAUUGACAUGAAAAUUGAAUUUGGUGUAGACAGCAACGGAGAAAUCCUCGUGGCAGACGUGAUCGACUCAGACAGUUGGAGAUUGUGGCCGGCCGGCGACAAGAGACUGAUGGUGGACAAGCAAGUGUACCGCAACCUAAGCAACGUCACCGACAAAGACUUGGACACAGUGAAACGUAACUUCGAAUGGGUCGUCGACCAAUUAGAUCAUCUGCUGCCGCCCAACGAUAAUCUCGUCGUAAUCCUCAUGGGCAGUCCCUCGGACGCGGAACACUGCAAAAACAUUCAGAAACACCUGGAAAGUCUGGGCGUGAACACGGAGCUGCGCGUCACCUCCGCCCACAAGGGAACGGAAGAGACGCUGAAAAUCGUCAGGUACUACGAGAGUCUUCCACUGAAGGUCGUCUUCAUUGCAGUGGCGGGCAGGUCGAACGGCUUAGGUCCGGUGAUCUCCGGAAAUUCUCCGUUGCCGGUCAUCAACUGUCCACCGGUCAAGAGCGACAACGUAGACAAAGAUAUCUGGUCGAGUUUAAACAUUCCUUCCGGUUUGGGAUGCAGCACUGUUGUGUAUCCGGAAGCGGCGGCUUUGAAUGCUGCACAGAUCAUUGGACUGUCGAAUUACAUCGUAUGGAGCAGGCUGCGAGUCAAACAGCUGAAUAAUUAUGUCACCUUGGCUCAGGCUGAUAAGAAACUCAGAAAUUGAAUUUAAUUUUAGGAGUUAUAUUUCACAUUUUUAAUACUGUUGUUUAAUAAAUAUUUUUUAUAAUA